UCGUUAAAUUAUCGAAAUGAAAAAAAGAAAAAAUCAUCAAGAGAGUGAAAAACGAUGUUUAAUUAACUUGUGAAAUUCAUGAUGGGAAAGAAAACUUAGAUAAACAAGAGAAUCUCCUUGGAAUAAUUAAAAUUAAAGAAGUGUAGUUGGUGUAGAAAUUAAAAGCUUUCAAACAAGGAAUUGCAAGAUUAGUGAAAUAAGAAAUCAUAAUAAUUAGCUGCCUUUCUACAUUUGUGAUAUUAUUUAGCAUCAGAAUAUAAUCCAAGGAAUAAUCAAGUCAACAGAAUUUAUCGUAUGAUCUCAUAUCUUAAGAAUUGCUUUAAUCAACGCAAUCAGCCAUUUUUGUAAUAAAACGUAAGCUUUAAAAAUGCCUGGCGGAGUUCGACGGGGGCAUGUUGCUCCCAAAACGACCCUCAUCGAGACUAUCAUACGGAAAUUCGACACCCACAUUCGUAAAACAAACAAUAAAAGGAAGAGAAAAAAUCAAGAAAAAAUGUCCGAAAGUCAGCAAAACUACAAUGGUGAAACAUCGUCGAACACUUCUCAAGAUCAGCAAACACAAGGGUCAGAAUCGAGUGGCAAAUGGAUGACGCAAGCGGAAUAUGCAAAAUACAAACAAGAAGAUUCAAAUGCGAAUAAUUAUUAUGAGUUUUCGAAGGAAGCAACCGUCCUUCCUGUUGCUUGGGAUGGAAAAUUCCAAUAUGAUCCGAAUAAUGUGUACAUAAAGCCUAAUAGAAAUGCAUCAAGCACGAACAAUUUCUAUGGCUUUUGUAAUGAACCUGACGUUUCUCCCGUUGUCUGGGAUGGAACUUUUGCAAAAUCAGGAGAAUAUCAUCGAAGCUUCGUUGUCGCUAAUAAUCAACCGAAUUCAUGUCACAUAAUAUUUUGUUCAGACGGCUUUUGUAAAAUGACAGGUUAUACGAGAGCUGAGAUUAUGCAACGCAAUGCAGUUACUGAUUUCUUACAUGGAGAAUUGACGUCGAAGACAGUUUGUGCUGAUAUUAAAGAUUCGCUUAAAGAAGGGCAAGAAAAACAUUUUGAAAUAUUGUAUUACAAAAAAGACGGUUGUGAAAGUGAAAAUGAAGUAGAAAAGCGAAAUGAAAGUCCAAAAGCAAAAAAUCAUCGAAGGAAAAGAAAGACACAAGGACACAAAGAUACAGUAGGAACAACAAACAACAUUAAUACAGACGAUGAUGAUGAGACUGAAUCACAAUUACAAUAUGAAGAAAGUCCUGUUAAUUCCAAUCCACUGUUCACAAACCCAGUUUCGCUACAUUACCAAGCAAAAAUGCGAAGAAGACUUCAGUUCUUUUUCAUGAAUCCAGUCGAGAAAUGGCAGGCUAAACGAAGAUUUCCCUACAAAUUCGUUGUUCAAGUCAUUAAGAUCAUUCUCGUCACACUUCAGCUCUGCUUGUUCGCACAUUCGCGCUACAACCAUGUAAACUAUUCAUGGGAUAAUCGAGUCACUUUCUCGCAUCUUUUUCUCAAGGGUUGGGCACCUGAGAUGGAGGUAAGCACGUAUCCGCCUGAAACUGGUCCAUUGUCUGUUUACACUGUUGAAGAUUAUUUUGAUACAAUCGAUUAUGCAAUUUAUGGAUUUGGAAAUCUAAGCAGAGCUAUUGGACCAUAUUCUUAUGCAACAGAUGACAAUACUGUUGGGAACAUUACGUUCUGUCUCUAUGAAUAUAAAGAAGGAAUUGUCUUUGGAUUCAAUGAAAGUUACGUCUUCAACCCAGAAAUUGUUGUCAAAUGUUUAAUAAUGACACAGAACGACACAGUUGAUGGAAUUCAAAGUUAUCUUCAUAAGGAAAACAUUUUCAUCCAAUUCUCAGCACUUGUGAAGACAACAAUCGAAUUUUCGAUUAAAACUAUUAAUUUAAAAGCAAGUGGACCAAUUUCAGCGCCUGAUUGUUAUCAAUUUGAUAUUGCAAUUCUAUUUGAUAAUACUGAUCAUGAUGGUCAAGUGAUUUUGUCUUUGGAAGCUGAACCGACACGAUUAUUUUGUGAAGGCGAUGUUUCGUUUAAGACAACGCAUGAGAUUGAUUCAGCACUUCGAUCAACACUCAAUGUUUUCGUCAUCAUCAUUUGUUUGCUUUCAUUUGGAUUGUGUGGUCGUGCAAUUUUCCGUGCACAACAAUUACGAAUGAAGACGGAAGAAUUCUUCUUAAAAUGCUUCGGACAAGAGUUGAGUCGAGCUGGAAGAUGGGAAUUUGUCAAUUUCUGGUACAUAAUGAUUUGCUUCAAUGAUGUUCUCCUCGUGUUAGGAUCAGCAAUAAAAGAACAAAUUGAAAGAAAACAUUUCGCAGCUGAUGAAUGGAAUACUUGCUCGUUGUUACUUGGCAUUGGAAAUCUUUUAGUUUGGUUUGGUGUGCUGAGAUAUCUCGGAUUCUUUAAAACAUACAAUGUCGUAAUUCUCACAUUGAAGAAAGCUUUACCACAUAUUUGGCGCUUCCUACUCUGCGCUUUAUUAAUCUAUGCUGGUUUCACAUUCUGUGGUUGGCUAAUCCUUGGACCAUACCACAUAAAAUUCCGUUCACUUUCAACAACAUCCGAAUGUCUCUUCUCGCUGAUUAACGGUGAUGAUAUGUUUGCAACAUUCACUAUAAUGUCAGACAAAUCGACAGUGCUUUGGUGGUUUUGUCGUAUUUAUCUCUACACUUUCAUCAGUCUCUACAUUUACGUCGUGUUAUCGCUUUUCAUUUCGGUGAUUAUGGAUUCCUACGAUACCAUUAAGAAAUAUUAUAUCGAAGGAUUCCCGCAAAGUGAUUUGCGUCGCUUUAUAGGUGAGAUUAACUUAAAUGAUUUUUCAAAUGGAGUGUUUCGCGAUGAAGUUGAUGAUGAUGAUACAAUUGGUCAAAAGUUUCUGUGCUCAGAAGUCAUAGCUCCCAUACGUUCCGAAGUAGAUGAUAUUUCAUUUUUUAUAAUUAACUUUGAGGAUCUUUCGGACCCUCAAACCGGGGAAACAGCUUCAACAACAGAAGAAAAUGAACCUAUUAAGCUCACUAAAUUCGGUAGAGCUCGAGCGAGCUUUCGACAAUCAUUUCGUUUUGGAAAUAUGGCUUUGCGCGACCGAGGCCACCGAUUAGCUGGUUAUCUCACACCGCCAUCUGACGCAACCGAACAAGAAGAAGAAGCAGCUUCUGAACGUGUUAUCGUUCAUUGUGAUACAAACAGUGACAAAAUCAGUCAAACAACGGUUCUUCGAAUUGAACCGGGUUGGGAUAACAAUUCGGCACCAGCUUUAAUUAAAACUAAAGACUUUGAGCAUAAACAAGAACCAAUUAUAAGAACUGACGAGACCAAAAAUGUAACUAGUACAAAUAAGGUUUAUCCACAAGCUGACCCAACUGUUAUGAAACCAGAGUUUCAACAGACGAAAAGCUUAGAUUUCGAGACGAAAGGUUUGUAUUUAAUGCUUAGGUUAAUUCAAUUUAAGGGUCAAUUUACUUCUUGUUUAAUAUCAAAAAGCAUGUACGUUGACCCAUAG